UUUGUAGACUUUUUUUUAAGUGAAAAGAAGUAAACACAACCUCUACAGCGAACAACUUUAUCUGCAAAUCUGGAUGUACAGUUCCUUUAUAUUUGUUACUUUAUAAUAAAAGAAUUGAUAAAAUAGAAUAGUAUUUUAUUUAAAAAAAAAUAGUAACUGUGGCAUAUGUAAGGAUUUGGAAACUCAGUUCUUAGUAACACCUUUACCUUUUGGAGAUAUUACAGAUUUUUGUAGCUAGUAGCCAGUCUUUUUAUUACAUACAGUGUUAAGUGGUGAUUUCUGUCUGUGGUAGAUACCCGGUAGAUACACCAGAUACUGAUUAUUGUGUAUUCUGCAAGCAUGACCAAACUGUAUUUCUAUCUGCCAAAUAAGUAUUGCUUUGAUAUCUCGUGUGUUUCUUGGUGUUGCAAUUUUAAUUGCCAGCAGUGUAUGAGGGAGGUUUGGGGGAUAGUUGUCACACGUUAUAAAUCUGUAUUAGCCUUCAUUAAUUCACAGUGGUCACAUGUACAUAGCCUCCAUAAUUUGAGUCAACAAUAGCUGGACUCUCAGUAUUAUAAAAUAAUAUUAGGAAACAGUUAUCCCAUACCAAUUCCAUCUCUAAGUAGUUUGUCUGUAGCCCUUUUAUGGAACAGAAUCCAAAGCCUAGGCUGAGGUGACAUCCAGAGGAUAUGACCACAUCACAAUGUUAAGCAGUAACAUAGUCCAGUGGCAAGUGUUACUGAUUUGGGAAGCAAAGGAACGGGUAAAGAGGGGUUCCUUCUCUGCUCAGGUCUCUGCUAUACAAAGCCAAAGCAAUAAAACACAUUUCUGUAUCAAUGUAGCCAUAUAGCUGUAAGUGUAACAGCUCACCUUACACUGGAGUGUGAUAAGCUCACCUUACCUUGUCACCUUAUGGAAAGAUAAGGAAAGAGUCAUAAGCUACUAUGCAGUAAUACUGUUCACCCAGUGAGGUAGGCAAGCAAAUCUUUCUUUCAUGUUAUUUAGCCAGGGUUGAUCCUUAGUUUUAAUUUCAAUUUCAGAUCCUAGCGAAGGCAGUUGUUCCAGUGACAGGAGUUGCAACACAGAGAGCAUUCAGAACAGGGAUCUUGAUGAAGAAGAUGCCUGCAACUUAAUGACUGUGGGACAUUACACUGAUGACAGUGAGGAGGUCCUGACACCUGAGUGUAUCACACAUACACAUGUGACAGUGACUGUUCAAGGAAAUUCAAGGUUUCAGCUUAGAGACAUAUGUAAUUUGUUUAAACCCAAGAUCAGAGGACAGGUAAUAAUGAUAUAUCACCCACUACCGAAACACUGGCUGCAUGUAUUUUUACGCCCUUGGAAUGUGGACCCUAAAAAGCUAUGUGAAGACGGCAGCCAACGCAUACCAGGACCAUGCGACUGUGACCUUAUACAUGAACAUCGAUACAAUAUCUCAUGCAAAGAAAAUGACCCACCACAAAGGCAACAAGAAGUGAAAGCCAGUGACGGUCUUUUCCUGAGAAAUAAAAACACUGACAAUCCAACAUUUGUGAUACACUUACCAGAAAACAUUAUGAAUAUAAAGUUACAACUCAGGCAGGAUGGUGAAGAUGAAGAAGUCUGGGGAUAUGAUUUGCCAUCUCUUAAAGCUUUUCAGAAAACACACACUCCAGUGGAUAAAAGGACAGAGCAGGUUGCUGAAAGCUCUGUUGCUGUGAGAGCUGAAGACAACAGCACUGUAAACGCUUUUUUAUUCACCAAGAACACAUCCUCUGGCCCAUCUGUCUUCAUCCUAAACGGAACUGGAAAUGGUUGACGUCUUCUGGUUUUGCGUUGGCCCACACUCUACACAGGAUGUCUGUCAGUGACCGAUUCCAGGAGUGACUUAAUAUCGAAAAAGCCUCAACUGAUGAGCAAUGGCAGCGACAGUUUGGGCUUUUGAAAAGCUUAUUGUUCUCUUUGCCUUUUUGGUAGCCCAGUUAUUUUUUCACUAUGUUUUAGACCAGUGUUGUCACAACUGGGAGUGUUAUUAAUGUGUUUUAUUAUGGUCUGUUUUAAUCUGUUUAAUUACUGAAGCUCUAUUGUGUGGGUUGUAAGAUUAAGAACUUACUUUGAAAGAUGCUGUAAAAUAUAGCAACUGGUGCUAUAACUGCUGUUAACUGCUGAACACAGCUUGUGAAUAUUACAGUUCUAACUUUUUCUUCAUAACACACCACCAAUAACAGAUUACAUAUAGAAUUAUUUACAUGAUAAAAAUGACUUGGAAAUGAACUUUGUAACUAAGUGUUUUAGGCAACAUCUUAUAAUAAUGAUUUUUUUUAUUAUUUAUA